AUGGACUCGCACGAGAAUCUGAAGCCCACCGGCAUCAAGCCGCCGAGCAAGCUGCCCGCGCUGUCCACCAUCGGGCGCGGCUUGUCAGAACUGUCCGCCGCCGACAACAACUCACGCGCCAUGCCAUCGUCGGUCGUUCCCACUAAACACAAAGUCUCUGGCCUUCCAGAGCCAGCGCAAAAGCUGCCUCGGAAGGCGACGCUGGAGAGGACCGCAGACCCCAAAUCCAAGGUUCCUGCUGCGCCGGGCUCAAGGACCAUUGGCGCCCCCAAAGCGACGACAGCGGCAGGUGUCCGCAAUGGUACUUACUCAUCUUCUGUCUCAGCAGCUUCUACGCGCCAGACUCGCGCCAACUCCAACUCCUCUUUCGCCAACAGCUACAGCCACGGCCCUCGCACGACUCGACCGCAGACAUCCAUGGCGCAUUCGCGGAGCCAGUCCCAUCAGACCCCCGCCACUCGGCCGCGCACUGCCAUGGACAACGACGACAGUGAUCCGCCAUCGCUCAGCAAGCGCAAGGGUACGAUUCCCAUUUCUAUUACAACCUGCGUCCCGGCAGAGGAGCUUAAGCUUGGAAAGUUGCGCGGGAGCCCAAGCAAGCAGUGCGAGGAUGUCUCGUACCGCAGGCGCUCUCGCGCCACUCAAGCUACUCGGCACUCUGCCGUGGAUUCUCCCUCUCAGCCUGAGCAGCAAUUUCAAUUUCAGUCUUAUGUUCAGCCCCACAAGCAAACCAGACGCCGCAGGUCUGCCCGGGAUGUGUCGCUUUCAACACGAUUCCAGUCCUUGACCAUCUCAGACGGAAUCAAAGGAUGCAUCCCGGAAGACAAGGAGCCGCCUGCUACCCCUUCUCUGAUACCCCGUCCUGUACUGGCGCAGCUGAUGCCGGCACCACCGCCGCCACCCCCUUUCACCCCUACAAGCCACCGCUAUCGUGCCACAUCUCCUUCUAAAGAGCCAGUUACACCUUUUUUGAGUAAAGAUUCUAACAUGCGCGCGCCUUUUACAGCAUGGGAUACGAAGGGUCGCCUUGAAGAUAUGGAGGCCCUUUACACAGAGCUCAAGCAGCAAAUGGAGAGCACGUCGACCGAGCGCGAGAACAUGAAGGAAAAUGUUGAGAGCUACAAGGCAAAGAGUAUGUCAGCUAUGCUCGCCAGUAUCAGCUACUCCCUACACGAGCUUGUCAUCACACGCUACAUUACGCAACAGAAGUCCUUGAAGUUAACUAUUACUCUUGCUACUGCAGUCCACGAACUCGACGCGAUGCGAGUGCAACUGUCGACGAAAGUCGACUCCUACCGAUCGGAACUAGAGGACACAAGGCUGAAACUAACCCAAUCUGAAGUCGCCCUGGACGCAGCGAAGAAGACCCAUGCGUUCGAAUUGAAGGACCUGCAGAGACAGAGUGAGCAUGAGUUGAAAGAUUUGCAAUUUCAACACGAGAGGGAAACAAUGAGGCUCAAGCAGGAUGCCGAACGGAAAUCGGACGAGUUACAGAGGAAGCUGGACGCUCAAACCAGCGACCUGAAGAGGGAGUACGAGCAGAAGCACGCAGAGAUGAAAAAGGAGCUGGAGACAGAGCUCGAGAAGGAGCGGCAGCUCCGCAUCAGAGAGAUCUCGGACAUGAAGACGGAGACCGAGCUUCAUCGCCAGAAUGCGGGAGUCGACCUGGAGCGGAAGGAACGCGAAAUGAAAGAGCUCAAGCGCGAGAACGAGCAAUUGCAGGCUGAUCUCGAACGGAAGACCACUCUCGAGAAGAACCUGCGCGACAAGCUUUCCGAGGCUUCUGCCAACAUCAUGUCCCUGGAGAGCUCCAACAGCGCUAUGAAAGCCAAAAUCAACUUCCUCGAAUCCGACAGUCAAGCCCAGUCUUCGGCUUUCGGCGAACUCCAGAAGCAGAUGCAAGAAGCGAUCGAUGCAGCUGAAGAGGCAAAGGCUAAGCUUCGUGCCGAGGAGACGCUUCGCCGCAAGCUCCACAACCAGGUGCAGGAGCUCAAGGGCAACAUUCGUGUCUUCUGCCGUGUGCGUCCGCCGUCGGAGACUGAAGUCCCCCAAGCUGCGGAGAUCGCCUACCCGGAUGCAGGAAAAGACAGCAAGGAAGUCGUCAUUCAGGGUCCGCAGCAAAAGAGUGCGAUGGGUACCGUCACCCAGUCCACCAGUCCCUUUACUUUCGACCGCGUUUUCGGCCCUGGUUCUCAGAACGCCGAAGUCUUUGACGAGAUUUCGCAGCUGGUGCAGUCUGCGCUCGACGGGUACAAUGUCUGUAUCUUCUGUUACGGACAAACUGGCUCGGGUAAGACCUACACCAUGUCUUCAGUCGAUGGCAUGAUUCCUCGCGCUGUCAGGCAGAUCUAUGAGACCGCACAGGGUCUAGAGGAGAAGGGCUGGAGAUACAAGAUGGAAGGCCAAUUCGUCGAAGUCUACAAUGAAAACUUGAACGAUCUGCUUGGUAGGGCGGAGGAGCUCGACAAGAAGAAGCUGGAAAUCAGGCAUGAUCCGGUCAAGAAGCAGACAAUGAUCACCGACGUCACCACCGUCGCUCUUGACAGUCCCGAGAGAGUGCAAGAGAUGCUCGCGAGCGCCUCGCGCAACCGCAGUGUCGCCGCUACUAUGGCCAACAGCCGUUCGUCUCGUUCUCACUCCGUCUUCAUUCUCAAGCUUAAGGGCGAGAACUCAAUCACUGGCGAACGCAGCGAAGGCACGCUGAACCUCGUCGAUCUUGCUGGUAGUGAGCGUCUGAGCCACUCUGGCGCUACAGGCGACCGUCUCAAGGAGACGCAGAACAUCAACCGCAGCUUGAGUUGCCUUGGUGAUGUCAUUGGCGCACUCGGCUCUGGCAAGGAGGGAGCUCAUGUGCCGUACAGAAACAGCAAGUUGACUUACCUGCUGCAAUACUCCCUCGGCGGAAACUCUAAGACACUCAUGUUCGUCAUGAUCAGCCCGCUGCAGCCUCACUUGCACGAGACUCUCACGAGUUUGAAGUUUGCAACCAAGGUACACAACACGCACAUCGGCACCGCUAAGAGGCAGGCCAAGGUCAAGGACUAA